AUGGCUGACGCAGCACCAGAAAUCAGAUCCGAGGAAUGGAAAGCUGUAACCGCGACUUGUCGAGAAACGAUUGACUCUUUCGAACACAGCUUGAAAGAAUUGAACAAGGCCAUCCACUCGAAUCCUGAACUUGGCUUUCAGGAAUUCUUCGCUGUAGAAACCAUAACCGCGUUUCUCCAGAAUAAUGGUUUCACAGUUCAGAGCAAGGCUUACGGUCUCGAAACUUCCUUUACGGCCGAGGUCGGUAGUAAUGGUGGGCCUCUGGUGAUCAUCUGUGCAGAAUAUGAUGCCCUUCCCAACAUCGGACAUGCUUGUGGACAUAAUUUGAUCGCAACUUCCUCAAUCGCUGCGUUUCUGGGUGCAGCACAAGCGAUCAAAAGUUGCAAACUUCCUGGUAGAUUAAGACUUCUAGGCACACCAGCCGAAGAAGGCCAAGGAGGGAAGGUGAAGUUGAUUGAAGCAGGUGCAUUCAAGGAAGACAUUGCGGCUGCCAUCAUGGCCCAUCCGAUCUCGCCUCAUCAAUUGAAGGGGGACUAUACCGGCUUGGCUGGCAUGGAUAUGAUUGCAUCUCACAAGUUUAAGGUCGAGUUUCAUGGACGUCCAGCUCACGCAGGUGGUCAGCCAUGGAAUGGUCUAAACGCACUUGACGCUGCAGUGGCAACAUAUAGUAAUGUUUCCAUGUUGCGACAACAAAUGAGACCAGAUGAACGUGUUCAUGGUGUGAUUGAAGAUGGUGGAACUGUACCUAAUGUCAUCACACAGUACUCUCGCAUGAACUGGUACGUGCGGAGUCCAUCCAUGAAGCGAUGUGAUGAUUUGUUGAAGAAGGUCGAGAAAUGUUGUGAGGCUGGUGCACUUACUACAGGAUGUGAUUUCAACUUUAUCAGAGCACCAACGUACAAAAACAUAAAGGUCAACGAGACGUUGUGUAAGCAGUAUGUCGAAGAUAUGUCGAUCCUAGGCGAGAAGGUGUUGUUAAGGGAUGCAGAAGCAUUUACUGCAUCUACUGAUAUGGGUAACGUCUCACAUGAGGUACCGAGCUUUCAUGGCGGUUUCCCUAUUCCCACUGAAGACAAUAUCUCGCCGCAUCAUCCAAAAUUUGCAGAAGCUGCGGGUGGUGAUCCAGCGCAUCAAGCUGCUAUCAGGUGCGGCAAGGGGUUAGCUAUGCUGGCAGUUCGUGCCCUUGGCGAUACUGGGUUGGCUGCUUCUGCAAGAAAAGAGUUCCAAAGCGCACGGGACGAUUGA